AACGGUUGUUAGGGUAAUUUGAAUUUCUGCUAGUUUUCGAAUUUUGGACGGGCAGCGGGCACUUAUCCGCGACUAAACAACUUUUUAUCUUUUAAUUGCGAUACUAAUUAACAUGGAUUAUGAAAAGGCUGUAACACCACUCAAGCUGUUUUCAGCGGUGCAUAUGAGUGGAAAAGUGACACAUAAAGUGGGCAACGAAAAUAUAGAAUUGAUAACCACUCCUGGCGGUGGGCGAUGCCAUAAAAAGUUGCAUCCAAGAACACCAAGUAAAACGAUGAAUUGUAGUUUAACAACUAUAAGCAGUAUUUGCAGUAGUUCCUCUAAGCAAAUAACUUGCUCCACUGUCAUGAGUACGCCACCAGCGAAACGAUUUCAACGCAUACGAAAUCCUUUCGAACCAGCCUUAGCGGAGCGUUUGCAUUUACCAUUAAUUGCCAGUCCAUCGUUGUUUCAGCGGCCUACGACACCGCAAUUAUCGUCAACACAGUUUGAAUGGAAUAUUGAUGAAGUGUCUUCAUUAAAGCCUACGCAUGUCGAACCGCACGAAACUCAAUUUCACGACUCGCCCGAUCCUGAUUAUGAAGCUAAGGCGCAAUCGGCUAUAAGUUCUUACUUCAAGGAUAAUCAAAUCGUGCCCAGUCCAGUUGAUUGUCCGUUACGCAGCCAUCGCAUAAUUUUAUCCGAAUUAAAUGCCAACACACCUAUAACAAAGCCUGGACGUCGUAUACGUGAUUGUGGCACACAAACAGAAUUAUCGCUACCGGUAACCUUGCCGCGGGCGCUAGAAGAAGCUUUAAUGCCAUAUUUUCAGCCACAUUUAGCCAUUGCCGAUCGUCCACACUGUGAGGUCGAUUCACAAAUACGUUUUAGUAGUGAUUCAAAUGUAUCUACAUUUAACGAUACGAAAGACGUUUCAUUACGUCGUAAACUUUUCGAUAUGAAUAAUAUUGUAGUGCUAGAUGAGGCUAGGACACCGACAAGUGAAUCAAUAUCCAAAACGACUUAUUCUAAUUCCAGUCCAUCGUCAAAUUGUGAGAGUUCGCGUGGUGGUCAAUAUGCUAUAAUUGGAAAACUUUCAGACUCUUUGGACAAGAGUUCAUUCGGCUCACUUUCGCCAAUUUCAGCAUCGGAUGGUUUCUCCAACUCGCCACAUUCUCCACACAGUAGUCACACUGGCAUAAAAUCACGCAUACAAACUUUCCUACAAGAAUUAGAUGAUGUAGAACAGCUGUCACCAAUACACGCACCCGUACGACAGACGAGCAGGCGCUGUCUGGAUAAACCAGCGUUAACAAGCAAGCUGCUGCAAGAUACCAAAAAUAGCUAUCGUUGUAAUGCGCUGAACCAAAGCGAAGCAACUAUAAACGGAGAUUUCUCUUUAGCUUGUAUUGAUGGUGGCAACACCAAUGGUGAAAAAUUCACGCCUGAUCGCAGUUCCUCCCCGCUACGUUUGGAUUAUUGCUCUACUGAAUCGGAGGCGGCAAUUGGACAUCAAUCAAUUGAUAGCAGUUUCAAUAUGAAAAUCAGUCGUUUAGCGGUAAAUAGUGCAAAAUGUGUUAAAACAACAACAUCAUCAACGCGUGAUACUAAAACACAAGAACAUGAUAUAUUCGCACACGACGAAACGCAAGAAUUGCUUGACGAUGACGAUAUGCAAGUAUCGCAGUUGUCUGCACAAAAUUUCAAUUGCAGUUCGAGUUCCGCUGAUACGCCGCGUAGUAAAAGACGUUCAGCAAGUCGCAAAAAUCUAUCACAAUCCUUCUCGCUCAAUUGGCUUGAUGACGAAGAGCAACAAGCUGAAGCUGAUAAGCAAAAAGAAGAAAAACAAAAUUUAGUAAAAUCUCCAAUAGACUUGCCGCGCAUCGAUAUACAAAUUGUAAAUGAAUUGCGCAAAGAAAACGAAAAUGUUAAUAGUGAAAAUAAGCAACCAGCUGUGGACGCUGCGGAAACUCGUGCAGUGUUCUAUCGUGUUGAUAGUGGCUUCAAUGAAAUGCCGGCUAGCGGUUGCUCUUCCACGUACUCUAUGGGCACAAGUCAAAAGAGUGAUGGCGGUCUAUCGCCCACAACAGAGAUUGACGUAAGCAUGGUCUGUUGCUCAACACCAUCAAAGUGCUCGAACAAUACCACUAGUGCUACAUCUUGACAUCUGACAAUUGCAAGGCAACAUUUAAUGCUCAACUGUCAACUGUCUUUUUGCAUUAGCUGAAACUCACAAGCAAAACACUUACUUAACCAACCAUAUAUUUGUAUAAUUCGUAGUUAUUAUAUACGCGCAAUUAUUGUUUCAUAUGCAAUAUUCAAAGCCAAGUUUUGUAGUAAUUGUAAUAGUAAUAGCAUGUUAGGAAAUUAAAUUAAUUUUAAGACUGCCAUGAUUUUUAGAAUAAACAAUUUAGAUAUGAGACUGCCGUGCAGCAAUAAGCACCAUCCCACCUAAGUAGCGCGCCUCACCACUUUGUACGGUUGUGAGUAGCAAAUGUUGCAAAGUGGCGCGCGUCUACACAGACACACUUUGCUAGCUGUAUAGUUUUUAAUUAGCCUAUUUCAUUUACCAUUUUACAUUUACCAUAAUUACAUACAUACAUUUUACAUAAAUAUAUAGAGAUUUUCAAAGAAAUUGUAUACAGCAUCCGGUUUUAAAUAGUCAUUACACAUACAUCGUGUUAUUUUAUUUUUUUUCAAUUGUACUUUAUGUUAAUGUUUAUGUCAUUUAUUUAUCAUUUGUUUAUCUUUAGCUCCAAAAUGCCAUUAUUUUAUAUAUCUGCCAUUGCAGAUGUAUUUAUUGCUACAAUAUAGUUUAAUUUCUACCUAAUAUAAUCAUAUUAUAUAAUUUAGCUUUUUUUUAUCUAAUUUCAUUUGUUACAUGUUAUAUUUUAUAAAGCUUUUACUCAAUACUCGAUUAUUUUGAAUAUUGUGUCACUCGGCGCGUGUAAUAUUAGUCAAUUAAUAAAUGCAAAAAGCAGUAGUUAA